AUGGUUCGCAGCAAAAUUCAUGCGCGCAGCCGUGUGAAGUCGGUGGAGCAGGUCAAAGCUGGUACGCAAUUGGUGAUGGAGAUCAACAUUCACGUGGUAAUUGAAGUGGUAAAGCUCUCAGGUAAUGUGGUUGGUUUGGUGGGCUGGCGCGGUAUGGUUGGUUCGGUGUUGAUGGACCGUAUGCGCGAGGAAAAUGAUUUUGCUCUUAUUGAGCCUAUUUUCUUUUCUACCUCUAAUCCCGGCGCUGCUGCGCCAACUAUGGCGAAGAACGAGAAAACCCUCAAAGAUGCGCACGACCUCAAAGAGCUGGCCAAAUGCCAAAUCAUCAUCACGGCACAAGGCGGCGACUACACCAGUGAAGUCUUUCCCAAACUGCGUGCAGCGGGCUGGCAAGGGCAUUGGAUAGAUGCGGCCUCUACCCUGCGCAUGGAGGGCGAUGCGGUCAUUGUGCUUGACCCCGUGAAUAUGCCGGUGAUUAAGGAUGCACUGGCCAAGGGCGGUAACAACUGGAUCGGUGGCAACUGCACG